CUAAUCUAACGGAAACAAAAAAGCACCGAUGAACUGAAACAAAAACGCUGGCCAUCUAGAUGAUAUGCAACGCAACAAAGAGAAAUCGAGACUUAUUGUCGAGAACACCUUGAAAUGGCCAUAUGCUAUCUGGAAGCCCGACUUUCGUCAUAUCAAAGCCCGCUUUCCUGAUCUCAUAAAUACUCUUGAUCUUACAAACUUUUCGUGCGGUCCAUACCCUUUGACAUCGCCAUGGGAAACAGACAGAGCUGGUCCACCGGAAAUCCUCUACAGCCUGCAGUCCACGUCACGAUCUAGUUUCCAGGACCCUAGUUCAUAUCCAUUAGGAGCAGAACUGGGAAAAAGAAAGCCAAUCACUCGUUAUGAUCACACGCCAGAUGAUGGACUAGUUAUAGGGCUAGUUCCACACAAUCUGCCAACUAUUAGGCUUAAAGGAAGAAAUAUCAUCAACACCAAACAAGGAGCUCAUGAGGAGAAUAUGGAAAACGACGAUAUGCCGCUAUCAAACAUCGCAAUUAGAACAAUAUGGCGUAUUACUGGACUCAAACCGAUUAUUGGUKGUAAACUGAACUAGCGUUACCAUGACGAUUCGUACAUGAUCGACGCAAUURGAACAAUUAAACAUCCCAGGAGGACUUCCAUGUCAAAUAUAUAUCUGAGAUGGAACAUAUUAUUUCGGCUUUCUCAAUUUGUUAUCGAGGUUAUAUAUAUAUAUUACCUUUAACAAUCUACUUUAAUUGCUUGUUCUUUUAUCUUACUUUAUUUUUAUUUUUAUCACAAAGCUGCCGAUGUCGGUGCUCAAAUCUCUAAUUUUAAAGCCACUCCUUGUCAGAUACACUUUGCUGCAACCGUUACAACUUA